UUAAAAAUAAAUAACUCAAUUCGUGGCAAAAUUAUUACCAUCAUAACACAUCACCAAAAAAAUGUUUUUAUUCGAUGUUUAAUCGUAGGUCGGGGGAUGGAGCUAUCUGAGUUAGUCGUAUUCAAUGGCAAGCUGCUCACUUUUGACGAUCGUACUGGCCUUGUGUACGUCAUAGAAAAGGACAACACUUAUCCAUGGCUGCUUCUCAUGGAUGGGGAUGGUAAGACAAGCAAAGGUUUCAAAUCCGAGUGGGCCACAGUGAAGGACCAAGUCUUGUAUGUAGGAUCGAUGGGAAAAGAGUGGACCACAUCCAGCGGGGAUUUUGAAAAUAAUAAUCCAAUGUUUGUCAAGGCGAUAACUGUACACGGCGAGAUUUAUCACCUUAACUGGGCGAAUAACUUUAAAGCACUGCGAAGUUCCAUUGGUAUCGAAUGGCCUGGCUACAUGAUUCAUGAGUCCGGCGUGUGGUCUAGUUUGGCCAAAAAAUGGUACUUUUUGCCCAGGCGUUGCUCCAAGGAUCGUUACAAUGAAACACGAGACGAGCACAUGGGGUGCAACUAUCUAAUCACAGCGGAUGAAUCGUUCCAUUCAAUCAAGCCUAUUGAGCUGAAGCGCACACAUUUUGCUGAAACGCACGGGUUCUCCAGUUUUAAAUUUAUACCUAGCACGGAGGAUCAGAUAAUCAUUGCCCUUUUGACGGAAGAAUUGAAUGGUAGAACUUCCAGCUACAUUAGUGCAUUCAACGUGAAUGGUGAUAUGUUAAUGCCGGAAACAAGGAUACCAACUGAUUUCAAGUUUGAAGGCUUGGAGUUUAUUUAGAUGCUGAUGUUGCUAUAAGGAUAAUAUUAGCCAAGGUCGAAGUAAACAUCUAUGAUAUAAAUGUACAUAGGAUACAAAAAAUGUAUAUUGGUUAAACAGCAA